AAUUUUUAAAAAUUUUAAAAAUGAUGAAGAUUUGUUCAAAAUUUAUUUUUCUUAUAAUGUUAUUUUAUAAUAUCAAUGAUAUUAGGUUGAUGAAAAUUUAUUUGUAAUUUUAUUUAUUUAUAAUUUUAAUUAUAUUAUUAUAUUAUAAAAAAUAUUAUUAUUGUUUUUUAUCUUAAUAGAAAAACAAAUUUAAAAUUGAUCUUACUAUUGACACACUAACCUACACCAUCCUCAUAUAAUGUUUUUUAUAGCUUAUUAAUAAUAUUAUAAAUAAAUAAAAAAGUCAAUAAAAAUAAAUUAGUGAAGUGAUAAUAUUUUUGAGAGUUCAUCAUUGGAAAUGCUUUUAGGCUUAUCUUUUAAGUCAUCAUUAUGAUAUCAUUUAGGUUGUGUUUGAUAUUCAUCUGACCGAGUCAAGUCAGACAUUUUUGGCUGACUCGGUUUGAUAAGUCAAUUUUAUGCGUCUGACUCGGAAGGUCUAAUCUGACUCGGUAAGAAUAUGAAAAUUGGCUGACUGAGAAUGAGAGAGGCGUCUUCCAGUUGUGCCCUUUCCCUACAGCUCCUCUUUCAACGCCUCCAUAGAAACGCUUCUUCUCCCGCAACCAGCAACAACCGUCGACGAUUUCUGCCUCCGCCACCCAACGAAUGACGCCUUCUGCCUCUUUUCAUCAGAACGGCGCUUUGAUUGUGAGGAGGGCGCUCACUGAAUUUAUAGAUAAUGAAAUAAUCAUUCACAGUGAUUCGGUUUCAAGUGUGGUUGGUGCUAACUUUAGUACUCAUAUCAUCAAUGUUAACACGGGGGAGGUUAUAUCAAUUUCUCAACAAGGACCUGUGCAAUAUGCAUUUUAUCAACAAAUGGUGUCAUUUCUAGUGCUACCCUUCGACAACCUGACCUUUGGUGGUACUUUGACCUAUGAGGAACUUCAAACAUCACUGUAUACAACAUUAGGAUGGUUGUUUUGUAUGCUUUGUUUCCAUCUUCCUGUUGGUGUUUGUUGA